CUACUGGCUAACCAGCUACCCGCCUUCUAAUCCUCUCGCGAUUGUUUCCGCCGCGACCGUAACGUCGCGACGCGAGUUCUCCGCUUCGAACUCUCCGCCUCGAAUUCUUCUGCCAGCGAGUUCCACUGGGAUUUCGAAUUCUCGUCGAGUGGCGGUCAUCCAAGCAGGUUCCUUGUGAUUUUGACGCGCGUGAAAGUCCUCGAAACGUGUGUGGAACGCAUUGUCGAGGAAGGUAGUUGGUUCGUUGAAACGCUCCGGCGAUCGCGGGAUUCUAAUCGGAGACUGCUAGUUGUCAAAAUUGCCUUCGAUCGUUAAUUGCAAUGUUUUUCUACCUUGGCUUUAAAAGAGUUGCAGAUUCUCGUCCUCUAACCCAAUUAGACACAGUCACAGGUUCUCCAUGAACAUUUUCUAUUCGUUCGGGUGGAGUACCAACACUGUAACCUAGUCCUAGAAGAGCAACACUCGUUAAUUGUCCCAAGUGUAAACUCUUGAUCGUUCUAGAGAUCAUUCUACGGAUAAAUUAUAGAAAACCUUCGACUCGAGCAGGAAGAGUCGUCCUACGCGAGAUUGUUUCUCCUAGACGCUGGACAGAUAUUUAUCUCGCGACUGUGCAGAAUAUUCACCAGUGUCGUGGGCUGGAAGGAUCAAGAUGUUAAUGUCUCUGGCGAGAGGGUCGAACGAUAGCGCUUGGAUCCAACCGUCGAGGUGACCAGUGGAUCAACUCUCUCGAAGACUGUGUAUCGAGACAUCUUCGCCCGAUGGUGAAGUGUGAUUUAGAUACACAUGCCUCCGUAUACUGCGAGACGAAACAUGGUCAGUCGAUAUAGACGAAACCGUUGACCCGAAUCUAGUAAAAGAUCGUUGAUCGUUGAAAAAAGCGGAGACUCGUAUAUGGAUCUUAAUUUCAAGAACAACUCCGACCUCAGGAUGAAUCAGCGAAACUUCCAGUUGAGCGACUUCGGAAUCGAGCCGAAGCCGAGUCACGUGAGCGAACAGCGCGAAGUCAGCUCGAGGUAUCGCGUCGCGAAUUUGCAGGUGCAGCAGGCUCAAAUCAGGCCUGGAAGGCUCGGUUCGGGGACCGGAGGAUCGAGCCCUCUGCAAGUCGCCUGCAAUCGUUCGCGAAUCUGUUCGAACGGUUCCGUGUUGACGUGCGCCAGUCAAAGGAGAAGUCCGAAUCAAUCGGCGAUCGGACCGUUGCAGAGCGCAGGGGAUCGAUUCCAAGCCGCCAGCCCGAGCAACUUGCCCGGAAGUGGUUCCAUGUUGCAACCGACCGUUUCCUCGGUACCGUCGCCCGGCUAUUGGAAUCAUUACAGCGGACAGGAGAGCGGGUACGGCUCGGAUGAAUUUGGUCAGGACUCUCCGAGAUACACCUCCCCAAAGGCUGCGGCGCUCUACGCAGACCCUUACUAUAUCGAUGGAAAUGCUGCAGGAACGGGUCCUGGUGACCCAUGGACGGGUGGCGGUGGCGGCGUUCAGCCCCCGUACAGUGGAUACGCACCUCCUCACCUGGCCCAGCCAGCCUACCCCAUGCACCUACCCCACGACCCCAUGGCGUACUCAGCCAUGUCGCCGAACGGAGAACCGGCAGCGCCGAUUCUGGGCUCGGCGGUCACCAGUGCGGCCUCACUGCCACCAAUGUCCACAUUCCGAGGUAGCGUCGCAGUCGCGGCGAACAGCGGUACCGGUGCACCAUCCCCGGCGUCGUUGCAAUAUAGUCAUAGUCCGGGCGCACCGACGACCGCACCAUCCGCACCCAAUUCUGCGCCCACGACGAACCAGCAACCCACCACGGGAGACAACCUCGGCAAGACUCUCGCCUCUGUAGUAAGCGCCAGAAUCUACCCCACGGACCAAUCAGUAUCGAGUUAUAGCAGCAACCCAUCCACUCCGGUUAGUUCGCCACCGCCUUUGACGGGUUCCGCGCCAGGCUGGGCAGCAGGUGCUGCGCCAGUGUCACCGCACUUCACGGCGGAUCCCAACCGUGGAACCAUUCACAUGCCGGCGCCUGAACAGCAGAGGCUAGACGAUGCCAUCGGCUUCCUUCGCGACCAUGCCGAGUUGGUACAGGGAACGCGGAUGGAGGAACGGCUGGACGAUGCCAUAAACGUUUUGAGGAACCACGCGGAAAGUCAGCUGGGUCUUCACAUCGGUCCUGUCGGUCCACACGGUUCCAUCUACGCCCAUACGUCACCACCGCAACUGGACCACUUGACGAGUCCACAUCCUGCGGUAACAGUGGCACAACCUCAAGGCUCCUACCCUGGUCUCACGCCAACGCCCGACACGGACGGUUCCAUAAAAAUCGAGAGGUUACCUGUGACAAAUGCCAAAUACGUCUCCUUAGAAAAGAGAAAGGAUCCGCCGGAUAGCAGCGGCGGUGAAACGAAACCCUCUAGCAGCGAGCUGGCGGCAGCGGGCGUCAUUGGCGCAGCCACGGUCAACUCCACGUCUCAGGGAAAAGGGACAAAGAGAUCGCGCAGAUAUUGUUCGAGCGCCGAAGACGAGGAUGACGAUCCCGACGUGAAGGCGCAAAGGGAGAAAGAGAGGCGGCAGGCGAACAAUGCUAGGGAAAGGAUACGUAUCAGAGACAUCAACGAGGCCCUCAAGGAACUAGGAAGAAUGUGCAUGACGCACCUGAAAACGGAUAAGCCUCAAACAAAGCUUGGCAUCCUCAACAUGGCGGUCGAAGUGAUCAUGACGCUGGAACAGCAAGUUAGAGAACGAAACCUUAACCCAAAGGCAGCGUGCUUAAAAAGGAGAGAGGAGGAAAAAGCAGAGGAUGGGCCCAAGUUACCUGGCCAUCUCGCUGCGCACAUAGCACACCCACAUCCACAUCCCCACGCGCAUUCUCAGCCAUCCUUCUCCACGAUGCCUGGCCCGCCUCCUUCCCUUCAGCACAAUCCGUCGCAGCCACAGUAGCAGCGGCUUAGCGGCGGUGUGAUCCUGUGUUAAGGGGUAGAUACAGCUUAAUAAUUAUCAUAGUUUCGGGACUUUGGCGGAACUCGCGCAUGCAGACACGAACUACCCUCCGGCCGUGCCAGUAGUACGAAUCGAGGAAAAUUGUAGGGGUACCGCGGUCUAUCGAACACGUCUCUUGACUAAUAUUCCAAGGAGAGGCGAGUACACUAAGGACGACUGCUCGGUGAACGGGAAACGUCGAUUCGAGGACUCUGCGCUGUCCAAGGGGCUGUUGUGCAUACCGUAAUAUUCGCGUGCGAGCGAUUACACCCGGUAGUAUCCGUGGUUUUCCAAAGUGACUCUAAAUACAACACGUACGAGGAACAGGAGAUGAGUGGUUGCUCUGUAUGUCGCUGCGAGCCAUCGAAAAAUUAGGAAGUGAGAGAGAGAGAGAGAGAGAGAAAGUGUACGAGAGUGCAAGAGUGAGAGCUAGAGCGUGGUUACUUUUAAGAGGCAUCUACCCGUACCCCAAUCCCCCUCGAAGACGGCUUCAAAUUAUUUUUAUAAAUAGCGAGAAGACAAAGGAAUAUGGUUCCUCUCUUUCGAGACAUAAGAAGCGUGUGGCGCGAUCGAGAUUUUACUGAAUCGAUCUCCCAUCCCUCGCUACUCGGCGCAUAUCCCCCGAACCCCUACCGGGUUCUUGUUCAAAUGCCACGUGCGAAGAAUUGCGUCACUCCAGGCAUAGAGAACUCUGGACAUGACGAGGGAGGACUGGAUAGCCCAGCGGCCGAGGACGAUCGCGAGGUCGUCGCGCAUCAGAUAUAAACUCACCGGCAGGUUCCUCUCAGCAUAUCGAAAGCUCGACACCCAGGCUCCCCGAGCCAGGGAUGGGCAAAGUUUCAGAUUCGUCUGUAACGGACAACCAAUAAAACUUAACGUGUAACAAACAUUAUAUAAACAUUUGUCAAUCGUUUCAUUCUGUAAUUCCAAUUGUAAUCUUCGUUCGACGCGUAACGAACGAAGAAGGUAUAGUUACCUUAUUUGUUAUACGUUUAGCGAGAUCUAAGAAUUUUGUCCAUCUCUGAUCCUGGGCCAAGAUUAUUCGUCCCCCAUGAAAACUCAGCGAGAGUUCUGCACGCUCGUCGCCGGUUGUAAAUACGUAAAAAUCAACGACUCUCAAGCAAGGAGCGGCGAGCUUGGCGAUCCUCCUCGGCGGCUGACGGUUAAACAUAAUUGUACAUACGAAACGGGACGAUCGUCUCGCGAGCGUUCGACGCGAAUCGAGGACACGCGAACGGUGCGUUCAGGCUAACUUUCUGUACUUACGUUGUACGAGGAAUAGAGGAAGGAUCGUGAUCGAUCGUGAGAGUGAGAGAGUGGUUCGCGGUCAGAACGGUGGAUAACACGGUGGAAUCGAUUUUUUGUUCACUCUCUUUUUUAUUUUGUAACGGUUCAACGAUUCGGACCACGAGAAUAAGAACUGGAGAAAGCACAAGUGCGAGGAUUAAGCAAAAAGGCAGUUUAUAGGUGUGAACGAUAGGGGAGAAACAGGAGGGAAUGAGAAUACGGAUGAUCACCCAUCGAACACGAAAAAAGUUCAAACAUAUCUCACGCAUAAUUGUAUAUAUACAGCAGCGGCGUACGCCUAACCAAUUACCUUAUUACGAUUAUUAUUAUUAUUAUUAUUAUUAUUACUAUUAUUAUUAUUAUUAUUAUCAUCAUCAUCAUUACGAUGAUUCUUAUUAUUGUCACGAUCAUGAUUUUAUUAUUAUUAUUGAUUAUUAAUUAAUUAAUUAUUAUUAUUAUUAUUAUUAUUAUUAUUAUUAUUAUUAUUACUACCGAUUAAUGAUCGCCGAGGAGAUCCUUCGUGAGAGAAAAAGAGGACAUUUUUGUUUUUGAACAAAAAUAUAGCUCAACUCAAUGUGUACCCAGUUGCCAUGUAUUUUAAUUUAUUUAGAUUCUUAAAUAAAUUUUAUUGAAUAAAAAGAAAAACCGAAAGAACAACAACAAGAAAUAAAUGAUCACGUGUGUCGAGUGUCCGUGUUUACUCCGUCUACUUUCUGUUCUUUCUUUGCUUUCUUGUUCACUCUGUGUUGCUUCUUUUCGUUUCCGUUCUUCGGUUUCCGCGUCGUCUUCCGGUUUCCGUUUCCCCGAUGCGACCGUGUGCGACGUUAUCAUCCCCCUCCUCGACAUAUCACGCGUGCACAGCUAUAUUUUUCUUCAAAAGCAUAUCGGGAACCGUUUCCCAGACGAAUUUCUCAGGCGGGUGCAUCUCGCUCUCCGCAACUUCGCGUUCCUCUCUCGCUUGUCAUCCGGAAGCCGAUGAACGGAAGGAAUCGAACGGGUUUCGCUGUUUUCGUUGCUUUCUUCGCUUAUUGGAUUGCUGGGAAAAAGAAAAUAGAAAAGGAACGAAAUUCGUUCGGAAAUUUCCCGUUGCGUUCAACCAAGUAUUCGAAAAUCAACGGGUGGCUUCGAACCAGGGUUGCCAUAAGGCCAUAAGUUGAGCGAAAGCAGCUGCGUUGAGCCUCGUAAGACGUAUUAAGAAAUAGUAAAGGGGAAACUUAGUUUAGUAUAGUGUUGAUAUGUGACGUCAUGUUAGGCUCAACGGGUUGAGCCUUUGCUAGUAGACACGGUACAAGAAAGAAGUGGAGCAUUCCACUGAGAAAACUGUUGAGCUGAAUUGAACUGAAUUCUCUUGUAUUCUCUGCUUUGAUUCCUUCAGUUACUUCGAAUAGAUGAAUUAACCCUUUGCACUCGAGAGGUGACUCUCAGUCACCACUAGGUUUUCUUUAGGUUUAAUUUCUUUGAAAGGUGACCUGAUUCUCAAAUCUUAAAUUAGAGAUCUCAUUUUCGAAGUUAAUAUAAUCUCAGCAUUCGUGGCAAUAGAAUGCUAAGAAAGCAUCUCGAGUUGCUGGUAGAUACCAGAAAAAAAGGUCUCGAGUGCAAAGGGUUAAAGCAGAGAAUCCAAGAGAAUCGCCCAACAGUUUUCUUAGCGAAAUGCACCUAAGGAUACAGCGAUAUAGCUUUCUCUCUUGUUCUAUGCGACGUUACGCUUGGCUCAAUGUGUUGAGCUCUCGCUGAUAACCCUGGUCCGAAGAGCCGCAACGAAGGUAUCUGUAUGAGCUUGAAGCUCAGUCGAGAUAACUCGCAUAACCUCGCUUUACUUUUAAUUGGACGACGAAUUGCUACUAGAAACUGACAAGGGACAACAUGAGACUCGGAGACACGCAACGGAUGGUCGAUUGUACGUACAUUGCUGCGAUAGGUCAGCGGCGAUUCAUAGGGAGGAUAAAUUACACAAACAUACAUACACUAGAGGUGGGCGAAAUUCUUAUUCGAACGAGAAUUUAAAAGAUAAGCAGCCGUUUAUCCGUAAACGAAAAUUUAAAUUUGAAUUAUAUAAAAUUCAAAUUUAAUAAAAUAUUUCAAAGUAGUCGCGAAUAAAUUGCUAUACGUUGGUUUUACAAGUUGUCCGUGUUUCGAAUGAAAUUUUGCCCAUCUUUAACGCACAGACACACACGCAUACGCUCGCGGUCACGCACUUGUAUUCGCGAUGGUAAUCAUGUAAAAUAAUAACGACAAUAAAUAGCUCUUAAGCUCCGUCUAAGCUAGGCGCACAUCUGUCGAUAGUCUUAGAUAGUCAAAGUGAAAAGGUGAAGAGAGUGCGCAGUUCGAUUCGAGUCGAGAGAUCGGCGAUCGCAAAGGUCCUGGUCGCGUUCUACACGAACGUACGUGGGUCUGACUAGCAAGAUUAUUCCAAUUGCUGAUCAAAUCUCAUAGAUCUUUAUAUUUACCUCGAAAGAGUACUUCAUAAAUGCAAAUUUGAACUGAGGAGGUAUUGGUGCCCUUUGGAUAAGAUAUUUUGACACCUCGCCAGCAUUGCAGCUAGUAUUUCUGUAUGUAGCAAAUGACACUCUGUUAUUGUAUGACAAAAUUAGUGUGUUAUUUGACGAAGAAGAAGCUAAAUGCAAUAUUUGGUCAAUGGACACAGCUUGUGAUGCUUUGCCAGCAGUUCACUUGGCUUCUUUAUGGAACAAAUGACGCAUUGGUAUUGUGUGACAGAAUCAGUGUGUCAUUUGACGAAGAAUAAGUUAAAUGCAUUGUGUAGUCAAACGUCACAGCUUACACCUGGAAGUGUCACUUAAUAUCAACUAUGAAGGACCAGACCUUGAAGGCCUCAGGUAUCUUGAAGGAGUAUUCUAGCGUAGAACGUGUGUUUGAUCUAUUUUUGUCAUUUUGUUUUAACAUUUUAACUACUGGUUAUUUAGAAAGAGUCUACACCUUGAAAAAAGCUACAUAGAUUAAUGUACGUUAAUCUAGGCUGUCAUAAACCUUUGGAUACAGUUACUAGGUACAUCAAUAGCCUUGUACCUGUCUCCAAAAAUUGAGCAUUGCGAGACUACUAACGACGCAGUUAAUAAACUCAAGGAGGUAAAUAGUGGAUUAAAAAGCCUAUAAAUAGCUCAUAAAAGACUAUAAAUCCCCCAGGUAGAUAACGUGCUAAGCAAAAACUAUAAAUGUUUUAUGUUCCUACGUCAAAACUCACGCGUCGCUUUCAAGAAUAUCUUCGUAUAGCUCCCACGAUUCCGAUCGUUCUAUUUUAUAUUUACAACAAAUAUUCUCAAAAAGUUUAGAUAUCGUAUGUAGCAGAAUGAUAUGAAAAAUCGAUAAUUAAAAAAUGACGAUACUUGAAAGAUUGACUAUUUCUUUUUUCACACUCACAAAAUUUGAAGUCAAUCGGCCAGGUGGAUUUUAAAAUUUGCAUUUAAUUCUUUGAAGACCAAACAUUGUUUUUGGACUUGCUUUUACAAAUUUAAUUGCUUGUAUAAAUCUGCGUGUACUUACUCGUUAAGAUUAAUUGUGCAAAAAUAAAAGAUUUUAAUUCAGAGUGUUCUCAAAACAUAACGUUACGAAGAAACAAAUAAUUUAGUUAUUUGACAUUGUAUUUUGAUCUAUUCUACUGUUUUUAGAAGAGAAAGGAAAAUAUCAGUAUUAAAUUAUACGAAAAUUUAUUGUAAAUCAAUAUUGCAUUUGUAACAAUUGUAUAUAGUUUGGGGCCUUUAUACUUUCUGUGCUGCUUUUACGUUCAAUUUUAUUACUACUAAUAUUUAAGAAAUUUGUCAUUUACGAAGUACUAAGCUUCUUCCGAAUUAAAUUUCUAAAUUCCGACAGAGUUUGACAAAUACACUUUUUAAAACAUAUUCUUUCAAAAAACUUAUAUCGAACCAAAAUGUAUUUUGUCGAAAUUCUAUGCUGGAAUACCUGCUUGAUUUCAUAGGUACCUGGGGUACAGGAACUGCGAAGUCCAAAGUAAUAUUUUCAAACGAAAAAAGACUGUUCAUCUUCAGAGGGCGUAUGUUUGCGCCAUUCGCAAUUGACUCUCAUUUUUUAAGAAGUGUAUAUACAAUCUUCGUAGCGAAAGAGUUAAGAAUGGUUAAAUGCGCGUCAUUAAUAUUAAACGAAAUGUGGAAUGUUGUUCUGUUAAUAAUUUAGAAAGCGUAUAGAUGUUAAUGGUCAUCAAGAGUACCCAGGUAAUUAUACAAUCAUGGCGUUUUGGCCAUUGUAUAAUUAAUAACUUUUCAAUAUCAUCUGUGUUUUCUUGACGGCUACAGCCAUUUACAUCAGGGCUGGGGACCUUUCAGCAUGGGAAUGUCUCGCAAUGCUGCACGCUUCGUGUAGAGCUAAUUUUGCCAAAAUUAUAAACACAUUACUUACUUCGAUAUAAAUUAAUCUCUGUUUUAAAGUUCAGAAAUAAACGGACGAUUUUGUACUCUAUGUUUUAGUUUAUUAACAUCGUACAUUAAAUUUUCUUUUAGGAAAUAGUAAAUAAUUAUUUUUUUAGUUGUUUUAUAUUUAUAGAUAAAUUUGUUGGGCAACAAUUAUUUGUUAGAUUUUUUAGACCAGAUAAUAGAUUUCAAAUGUCGAUAGUUUAAAAUUAUUCAAAUAACAGGACACGAGAAGUCUAAAUAUUAAAUAUAGUUAUUUACGUUGAGUAGGUAUACAGUUAAUGGGUUACAAUAAGUGAAAAUUAAAUUUAUAUAAAAGGCGACAAAGUAUAUUAUAGUAAAUAGCAGUCAAGAAAAAUUGGUUUUUAUAAAGUUGAAGCACGUGGCUUAAAAAACAACAAUUUUUUAGUUCCAAGUAACUGAAAUAAAAGUUGUUUGAGAAUAUGCAGAUUAUAAAUGAAGGAGAUACAGAAUUAAAGAAGUAUGAAAAAAGGAUGGUUGCGUCCUGUAUGUUGGAAGUUUCCCAUACCUGAUCUACACUUUUCCAUUAAUAUUAAACUUAACUUAAUCGCCGUGAAGGGAUCUGUCUGUACUUUAAAUUAUUUUUCAAUGUUUUUUAUAAUCAUUUAUUUUUAUGUUACUUAUGAACUGUACUUUCCACUAAUACAAAAGCAUACAAAAAAAUUAAUGGUUUCUACAAAAAAUUCACAACGUCGAGCCUAUUUAUAAACGCCUAAUUGUCUAUAAGCUCUAAAAUCAUGAUAAAAUAAAAUUCAUAUAAAGAGAGGAGAACCUAAAUGCUUAACAAGUUAAUUAUUGUCAUUCACACUUAAAUCUCUAUCAAAAAUUAAUUACAACAGUCAACUGUUUAUCGUAUAUGUGAUAUAAGAACUUACCAUAAUUAUUAGAUUAUCACAAUAACUGUAAACAACAAUGUUUGUCAGUUUUAAAUAUAUAAUUUAGAGUACUUAUUACACAUACUGGUAAUGUUCUUUAACAUUUGAACUACACAAAAAAAUACAGACUUUAAAUAACACAUAUGUUAAUAAAGAUGUGAAUGAAUAAUAGUUUUGUUUGCAAUGGAAUUAUACAAAAAUAUAAAAUUCAAACGGGAAGACAAAGAAAAGCCCUGAUAAAUAUUAGAAGCUGUGUCUCAUUAAAGUAAUACAAUUUUUCUUCUUUACCAGAAAUUUCAUUGCUUACAAAUUUCGACGCAUUUUAAUUCGUUUCUUUAUCAAUAUUUUUGUGUUAUUUAACGUUUUACUUUUUCAAAGAAAAUUACGCAACCACACGGUUGAAGAAUACACUUUAAUUAAUUCUUCCAUCAAUUACUGUGUUGCUCAUUAUUAACCAGCCAGUGAUAACAUGACACCAACAUGCAUGAUAUAUCGAACAAAUCAACGUUAAAAACAAAUUUUACCACAGUACUUAUACUUUGAUUCAGCAUUCACAAAUGACACGAUUACAUAGUCCCUGAAGGUCUUUUACGUUAAUUCUCAUUCAACCCACCAUAAAGGUUAAAAAAAUGUAAUUGAAAAACUAAAACAAAAUCAGACAAACAAUGCAUUUAAAAGUGAGAGAACGCAUUUUCCGACGAAGAGAAGUUCUUCGUAUUUACUUCAAAAUAUUUUAAUAGCCUGUUGAAGUAACAGAAAAAAAAUGUUUAGGAAGCAAUUGUCGAGAGCGUUUUUAAUUUAUAUUUUUAUUAUACUUGCGGUAUACUUUCUACAUCUACAUAAAGAAAUCUGUGCGAUUCCGCCAUCAAUUGGGAAUAGUCUUGCUAAUGAGUCGCCACCGUAUCGAUGGAGCCUUUCGAAAUCGUUUAAUUUUACUUUCGAAUUCGUUCGAAACACUCCCAGACAUACUUCUGUUUCUCUGGCAUAUCCCCUUUGGUGUAAACGCGUUACGCAAGAUUUUGCGAAAUUAGGUCGUAUUUACUUUGAAUCGGACCAUUGGUAGGUUCAUUCGUCGAAGGGAAUCACGUCGACGGUAAAUGGGAGUCAAAAUUGCUUUACCACGAGUUUCAGAAUUCAUUAAAACGCUGAAGUUCGCGGGACGACUCUAAUCGAGGCGAUCUUCUUCUUAUCGACUGUAUCGGUGCGGUUAUUCUAGACCAGAGCUGGACGUAUGAAGGGUAGAGAUAAGCACGACAAACUCAUACGGAGUUUUAAACUGAAAAGCGUCCGCCUGUGAACACACAAUAUGUUUUCACUUUAUGUACUUACAAUCAGAAUCUGUGAAUUAUACCUAUGUGAAUUAGACAACCUGAAAUAUGUCGAAUUGAAUACUAUUAUACACUACGUUGACUGUC